CUGAAGGAAAGGAGAGAGAGAGACAGAGGAGAGAGAGGAAACGACUGAAGGAAAGGAGAGAGAGAGACAGAGGAGAGAGAGGAAACGACUGAAGGAAAGGAGAGAGAGAGACAGAGGAAAGAGAUUGACAUGAUGCCCGAUCGAGAUCUGUCUAUCCUACAUUCCAUGAUAUUACAUCCCCACAAGAUUCCCCUAACAGGAUAUGACAAACAGGAAAGACUGCUCCUCAUUUAGUGAGUUUCUGAAUAAUGGGAUUGAAUGGGAGUGAAAAUAUUUUUUCUUACCCUGGAACGAAAUUAUAUAAUGGGAUCGUGGAGUGUGUGACUCAGACCACAAAUUCCCCUCUUUGAUGUGUGUUGGAAGGGAGACAUAUUUUGUACAGACACAGCUGAGACAUAUUUUGUACAGACACACAGGAGAAAACACCUGGAGAAUCUAGGAAGAUGAUUUGGAGCUUGGAGUGACACUGACAGAAAAGGUCUGUGGAUAACUCUCCAUACUACCAUGCCAGACCCCCCACCUUCCCAUUCAAUCCGAAGACGACACCCAUCACCCCACACACACACACACCCACAGAGAAGGGAAGAACAUUCCAUCCUCUCUUCCCUCCAUCCCUCCAUCACCCCUUCAAACACACUUCUGAACUCCUGCGAACUACUACCCCUCUCCCAGUCCCUACCUGGAUCAUUCUCCUCCCAUCUCAUUCGCUGUGCCUGCCCCACCCCUGGCACAUCCCCGGCUUUCCCGGCUCUCCAUUGGCUGACGUUGGUCACAUGCUGCUGCCUGCUGCCCUCUCUGAUUGGUGCAGGGGAGACAUGGGACGUGGUCGCAGUUUGUCCAUUCCACUGCGUCUGUCGGAACCUGUCGGACUCUCUGAGCACGCUCUGUGCAGAUAAAGGCCUGCUAUUUGUUCCCCCGAAUGUCGAUCGACGAACCGUCGAGCUCCGAUUGGCUGAUAACUACAUCACAGAAGUGGGCGGGGCUGACUUCGCCAACAUGACCGGAUUGGUUGAUCUGACUCUAUCCCGGAACACUAUCCACUCCAUCCGACCAAUGACGUUCUCCGAUCUGGAGAGUUUGCGGAGUUUGCAUUUGGACGGUAACCGCUUGACGACGCUGGGACCGAGGGACCUGUUGGGAUUGGUCAAUCUGCAGCACCUCAUCGUCAACGGUAACCAGCUGACCAGUGUGUCGGCUGAAGCGUUCAAUGAUUUGUUAUUGACUCUGGAGGACCUGGACCUGUCUUACAAUAACCUCAGAUGGGUUCCGUGGGAGUCGAUCCAGAACAUGGCCAGUCUCCACACUUUGAACCUGGAUCAUAAUCUGAUAGACCACAUCGCAGAGGGAUGCUUUGGAGGGCUGUACAAGCUGGCUCGUCUGGAUAUGACCUCUAAUAGGCUGAGGACCCUGCCACCUGACCCCCUGUUCGCCAGGUCUCAGACGGGAGCCAUCAGUCCCACUCCCUACAACAGCGUCAUCAGUCUGAACUUCGGAGGGAACCCGCUACACUGUAACUGUGAGUUGUUAUGGUUACGCAGGCUGGUCCGAGAGGACGACAUGGAGACCUGCGCCACGCCCCCUCACCUGGCCGGCAGGUAUUUCUGGUCCAUCCUUGAGGAGGAGUUCACCUGUGAGCCGCCCCUCAUCACCAGACACACCCACAAGCUCUGGGUCCUGGAAGGUCAAAGGGCAACCCUGAAAUGCAGAGCCAUCGGCGACCCCGAACCAAUCAUCCAUUUUGUCUCCCCCGAUGAUCGGAUUGUGGCGAAUUCCAGCCGGACGACAUCGUCCCGGAAUGGAACGUUGGAUCUCUUCGUUACGGUUGCUAGGGACGACGGAGUGUACACGUGCAUAGCGAUAAACGCGGCUGGGGAGGCUACUGCAACGGUGGAUCUAAAUAUCAUCCCGUUGCCGAAUCGAAAUGGGAACGUGAACGUUCCAGGGAAUGUGACGGUUACUGGGAAUGCUGGGAAAUCUAAUGGAAAAAUUCAGGGUUCUUCGGACAUUGCCACUGGAAAAAGUGUGAAUUCCGAAGUUGACAAUGGAGGGAACACAAGAGUCACGGAAGAGAGGAGAGGAGAGGAGGGAGAGGGGGAUGAGGAGGGUGGUGUGGUGGAGGAGGAGGAUGGAGGGAUUAGGAUAGAGGAAGAGGAGGAAGAAGAAGAGGAGAGGAUGGUUGGGAUACAGGGAGUCACUUCUACUUCAGCACAGGUACGAUGGGACCUGGGCCAAUCGGCUGGAGCUUACCUGGUGUGGAUGUUUCAGAUACAGUACAACUGUACAGCCGAUGAGACACUGGUGUACAGGAUCCUCCCGUCUACCAGCAACAGUUUCAUGUUGAAGAACCUGGUAUCUGGAACGGACUACAACCUGUGUGUCCUGGCCAUCUUUGAUGACAUCAUCACCUCCUUGGCCGCUACCAAGGUUCUUGGCUGCGCCCAGUUUAGCACUAAAGAACUCUACCCAGAAUGCCGAUCUCUACAGACCCACUUCCUGGGCGGAACCCUGACAAUACUUGUGGGAGGCGUUGUCGUGGUAACUCUGCUGGUGUUCACAGUGGCGCUGAUGGUGCGUCACCGUGUCUGCAGUAACCAGGACGACCACUGUCACCAUGGGGUUGAUAGUGAUGAGUUGGCGUGUUGCCAGGGCGGGUCAUUAGGGAGUCCUGUGAAAGAGGCGGAAGCCAGAGGUGGCGGAGGAGUCUACGGCCAAUCAAAUGGCAACAGAGAUGUGAUGAUGGUGGUCAGGCCCAAUGGGCUGCCUACAAAGCAGAGAGGGGGUGGGACGAAGGAGAGAGCAAAAGAGAAAAAUAAGGACAAAGAGAAGGGAAACGAGGGUGAGAGAGAGAGGGAGAAGGAGAAGGGAAAAGAGAGGGAGAAAGGAGGGGCCGACGUACUUCCUAAGAUACCCCCAAAACCAAAACCCCAAACCCUCCCCAGGCCUAGCAGGGAGGGAGACAAUGGUUACCAUCCAGCGACGGUACAGCAGUCGCCACGGUUACGCCAAGCGGUUAUCAGUGACUUGGACGAGGCGGAGCUGCAAGGAAUGUUGGUACACUCAGCAACGACCAGCGGCCAGGGGAGUCACCACGUCCACAUCUACAACAACACUAACUCUUACUCAGCGGUGACCAAUGUUGUCGUCAAGGAAAACGAGGCAAUAGCACAAAAUAUUGACAGAACAGCAGAAAAUAACUAUACGGAUCCUGGGGCCCUACGGAUCCUGGGGCCCUACGGAUCCUGGGGACCUACGGAUCCUGGGGCCCUACGGAUUCUGGGACCCUACGGAUCCUGGGCCCUACGGAUCCUGGGCCUUACGGAUCCUGCGACCCUAUGGAUCCUGGGCCUUACGGAUCCUGGGCCUUACGGAUCCUGGGCCUUACGGAUCCUGGGCCUUAUGGAUCCUGGGGGCCUACGGAUCCUGGGCCUUACGGAUCCUGGGCCUUAUGGAUCCUGGGCCUUACGGAUCCUGGGCCUUAUGGAUCCUGGGCCUUAUGGAUCCUGGGGGCCUACGGAUCCUGGGCCUUAUGGAUCCUGGGCCUUACGGAUCCUGGGCCUUAUGGAUCCUGGGCCUUAUGGAUCCUGGGCCUUAUGGAUCCUGGGGGCCUACGGAUCCUGGGCCUUAUGGAUCCUGGGCCUUAUGGAUCCUGGGGGCCUACGGUUCCUGGUCCUUAUGGAUCCUGGGCCUUACGGAUCCUGGGCCUUAUGGAUCCUGGGCCUUAUGGAUCCUGGGGGCCGGAUCCUGGGGGCAUACGGAUCCUGGGCCUUACGGAUCCUGGGGGCCUACGGAUCCUGGGACCCUACGGAUCCUGGGCCUUAUGGAUCCUGGGACCCUACGGAUCCUGGGCCUUACGGAUCCUGGGGGCCUACGGAUCCUGGGCCUUAUGGAUCCUGGGCCUUACGGAUCCUGGGCCUUACGGAUCCUGGGGGCCUACGGAUCCUGGGCCUUACGGAUCCUGGGCCUUACGGAUCCUGGGCCUUACGGAUCCUGGGCCUUACGGAACCUGGGCCUUACGGAUCCUGGGCCUUAUGGAUCCUGGGCCUUAUGGAUCCUGGGGGCCUACGGAUCCUGGUCCAAGGUCGUGCCAUUUGA